GUUUUCAGUGACCUAGUGGAGAAGCAAUCGAACUUUUUAAACAAAAGUCUCUCUUCUGUCGCUAUCAACAUAGAUGGUUAGAUGAGCGUUCAAAGUCUUCUUAAUUUUGCUACCUUAUGCCAUCAAUGCUCUCGUAUAAAUGCGCUCGAGUUUGCAGAAGCCGCAAGUUCCUCUCUGAAGUGAAUAGCUGUAACAUCUCUUUUCAUAAGAGUUCCAAAUUCCUUCUGAUCACCAAGAACUCUAUGUUGAAUACUUCUCAUACUCAAAUGGGGAUUUUCCUCAUACUCUUUAAGAUUAUUCUGGUCAUUCUUUGGCCUAUUUGCUAUUCUGCACUUCUCUUUCCUUGGCUUUUGGGCUCCUUUCUUUUCUGCUGAAGCUAGCUCUUGGAUUGCCAAGAACGAGGCUGACCGACUAGCUCUGCUUGACUUCAAGACCCAUAUAACCAAUGACCCUCUUGGUGUUUUGAGCUCGUGGAAUAGGUCCAUGCAUUUAUGCCAAUGGCAUGGUGUUUUUUGCAGUCGCCGAAAUCAAAGAGACACUGUGUUGGACUUACAGUCCAGUAAAUUAGCAAGGUCCAUAUCACCUCAUAUUGGAAAUUUGAGCUUCUUGAGACUAAUAGAUCUAUUUGAAAAUAGCCUCAGCCAAGAGAUCCCUCCUGAGUUAGGCCAUUUGUCAAGGCUGAAAUACCUGUAUCUAAACAAAAAUUUGCUUGGAGGGGAAAUUCCUACCAACAUUUCCUUCUGCUCCAAUCUCAUCGAAAUUGAUGUUGGUUGGAACGUGCUGGUAGGGAAAAUUCCCGUUGAGUUUGGUAGCUUGCCAAAGCUUGAAUUAUUGUUCAUUCAUGCCAAUAAUCUAACAGGGGGCAUCCCUCUCACAUUUCUCUCCAGAAAUUUUCUGCGACCCCAAAUUAUAUUGGUGGCAGUAUCCCCGAUGCUCUUGGCAAACUGGAAAAUCUCUCACAUAUUGCACUCGAUGGUAAUAGGUUGUCAGGUACAAUCCCUCCUUCGAUCUUCAAUCUCUCUUCUAUCAGAAAUUAACCCAUGUCAGACAAUCAACUUGAAGGCACUCCUCCCUUAAACUUAGGCAUCACACUUCCUAAUCUGCAAAGUCUUGCCCUUAGUUCUAACCAAUUUACUGGCUUUAUUCCUUUUACAAUAUCCAAAGCAACAAAUCUGGAAUACCUUGGACUCGGUCUAAACAACCUUACUUGAUCGGUACCUACUUUGGAAAAGUUGAAUAGGCUGAAUUUCUUAAGCUUAACCUCCAACCAUCUUGGAAGUGGGAGAACUGGUGAUCUGAGCUUUUUGCAGUCUUUGCUGAACACUACUGACUUAGAGAUCAUGGCUCUAAAUGAUAACAAUUUUCGCGGGAUAUUGUUAGAAUUUAUUGGGAACUUCACUUGGCUUAGAAUUUUUCUUCUAGAUGGAAACAGAAUAUCUGGAAGCAUCCUAAAUGGGAUAGAGAAUCUUGUCAACCUGGAAAGAAUGGAGCUGUGGGAGAGCCAAAUUAUUGUUGUCAAGAUACAGAUUAUCAGGAAACAUUCCAUUCUUUCUUGGCAAUCUGACGAAUUUAACUUCGCUGUAUUUGGGACAAAAUAAUAUCCAGGGUGGCGUCCCCUCAAGUUUAGGCUUAUGCAGAAAUUUGCUUGGAUUGGAUCUUUCUCAAAACAAUCUGAGUGGCACUAUACCCAAAGAACUUUUCAGUCUAUCAAACUUAUCCAUUUUGCUGAAUUUAUCUCACAACAACUUGAAUGGUUCCUUUCCAGAAGAAGUUAAAAUUUUGGGGAAAUUAGGUGCAUCUGAUGUGUCUAAUAACAUGUUAUCUGGUGAAAUUCCUGGAAGUCUUGGCAGCUGCGUGACGUUGGAAAUCCGAUGCAUGCGGGAAAACUUACUGUCGGAAAUUGCCUUCAUCUUUGAGUUCUUUGAAAGGCAUUCGGAAGUUAGAUCUUUCUCUCAACAAUUUAUCAGGCCAAAUCCCAAAAUUUCUCGAGCAGCUUGACGUGCAGUACUUGAAUCUGUCUUUCAAUGAUUUCGAUGGUGAGAUGCCACUACAAGGUGCCUUCAAGAAUGCUAGUGCGGUUUCAGUGGAAGGGAACAGUAGGCUUUGUGGGGGCGUGCCUGAACAACAGUUGCCACCUUGCAAAUUCAACAAGUCCAAUGAAGGGAGAUUGACGAUGAAGCUGAAGAUAAUAAUCUCUGUUGUCCGUGGGCUGCUGGGAGCAACUUUCCUGUUGUCUGUCCUGUAUUUUUUCUGGUUAAGAAUGAAAAACAAGACCCCUCGCUUGAAGAAUUCAGAAAAUUUGCUUCCAAAAGUUUCUUACCGAAGUCUCCUCACUGCUACUCGUGGGUUUUCUUCAGCCCAUUUGAUUGGAAACGGCAAAUUUGGGUCUGUGUAUAAAGGAAUUGUUGAUGAGGUAGGAACAACUGUUGCCAUCAAGGUGCUCAACCUUCUCCGACUUGGAGCUUCCAAGAGUUUUGUAGCGGAGUGUCAGGCCUUGAGAAACAUCAGGCAUCGCAACCUCGUCAAGAUACUGACAGCAUGUUCUGGUGUUGAUUACCAUGGUAACGACUUCAAAGCUUUGAUUUAUGAGUUCAUGGUCAAUGGCAGCCUAGAGAAGUUGCUACAUCCAACUCCCAGAACAGAUGAGGAGAACGAGGCACCGAGAAGCUUAAAUCUUCUUCAGAGACUAAACAUUGCAAUCGAUGUUGCUUGUGCACUGGAAUAUCUUCACAAGGAUUGCCAACUAGCACUACCUCUUUCCCUUGCUGUAAUGUACUUGAAUCUUAUCGUUUUUCCUGUUUCGUGUCUCUUUCCGUGUGCAAAAUUUCCUGGCUGGAAUCAGAAGAACAUUUGCAAUCAUUCUUCUUCUUCCUCCUGAAA